GCUGCCAGGGUGGACACAUCCCAAUGGAGAGGAGACAAACAACGAGAGCAGAGGAGGCAAGGAGAGACGUGGGAGGGGGCAAACCUGUUGGUGGACUACUCUGUGACGUGGGACCACAGUGAUCCUUCAGAGGGGGUCUGAACCUGAUCUCUACUGAAGUAGUCAUUAAAGUCCAAAAGAAAAGGGAGGAGAGAAGAAGACGAAAUGAAGGACUCGGUGCAGCCGGUGGAACUGGGGGUCUCUCGGAGGAACCGGGUCAAAGCAGCUGGACCCAGAGUCUGGAUCAAGAACGAAGUGGUUCGAGUGGGACUCGCUGAAACUCUUUGCACGUACGUCAUGAUGGUGUUCGGCCUGGGGUCCGUGGCCCAGGUAGUGACAGGACAGGGGGUGUUCGGCCAGUACCUCAGCAUCAAUCUGGGGUUUGGACUGGGCGUCGCUAUGGGGGCUCAUGUUGGAGGGAAGGUCUCAGGGGCUCAUAUGAAUGCAGCCGUGUCGUUCACCAUGUGCACGUUUGGCCGCCUCGGCUGGAAGAUGCUGCCUCUGUAUGUGUUUGCACAACUCUUGGGGUCAUUCCUGGCCGCAGGGACAAUCUAUGGGGUCUAUUAUGAAGCCAUCUUCGACUACUGUGGAGGAAACCUGACUGUGACGGGGGUCAAGGCCACGGCCGGUAUCUUUGCCACCUAUCCUGCUCCCUACCUCUCCUUGCUGGCUGGAUUCACUGAUCAGGUGUUCGGCACCGCCAUGCUGCUGCUGUGCCUCAUGGCUUUGUCGGAUCAGAGGAACAAGCCGGCGGCGGCGGGCUGCGAGCCGGUGGCCGUGGGCCUCCUGGUGAUGCUCAUCGGCAUUUCUCUGGGCAGCAACAGCGGCUACGCCAUCAACCCCACCAGAGACAUCGCACCCAGGGUCUUCACUGCCAUCGCAGGCUGGGGGGGUGAUGUGUUCAGGUCUGGCAACGGGUGGUGGUGGGUGCCUCUCGUCGCCCCCCCCAUCGGAGGAGUAUUGGGUGCAGGGCUCUACAGGGCCUUGGUAGAGAUGCACCACCCCCCCCUCCCUGAACAGCAUGCGGAGAGUUUCCCUCUGAAGAAACAAGGAAACAUCUGCGCUGAUAUCUGAAGCCCCCCGCGGUGCACAUCUGUGUGCAGUCCAAACAUUCCACGGAUACGAAGGGUUAAAAACAAACAAUCUGAGUCUGCUUAAGUGAUGAACUCAAUCAUCAACAUGUACUCGUUAGUAGCUGCAACACAUAUGAGCUUUAUUAUUUCAAACCGUGACGCUGACGGCUUAUUGCUCCAAUCAAUGCAACAACAUUAAGAUCAAAAGGUUGAACAUUGAGACAUUUACAUGCAUUCAAGAUGAAAACACAACACUUCAUAGCUUAUAGCUCAUGUUCGUAUUAGUGAGGUAAUAGCAGCUGAUAUAAUCAUGAAUAACAGUCAGCAGGAGAUGAAAAGUAACCAAGUGGCUUUAUGAAUAAUAAAAGCAGGACAGUCCUAACAUCUGGAAAGAGAACAUUCAUCUUGAUUACUUUCACUGGAGCCUCGAGGACCUGAACCUAAAAGUUAAUCCUAGAACGUCUCGACAUGAAGAGCCUUAAAUGGACGAAGAUCACCAAUGUACACUUAAAAUAUUGAUGAGUCAUCAGAGCAGACGUCAUUAUACAAAUAAGAUCAAUAAGUCUAAACUAAAAGUUAACCGAGCGGCUCUGCGGUGUCUUUCAUCAUCAUCAUCAACAUUGACUAUCAUUUUAUUCAAAACCCACCUUUUCAGGCAGGCCUAUGCCUGACGUGUUCCCCUCUGCUUUUAACUGCGCUGCUUUAAAUUGUGUCAGAUUUUUAAAUAUGUUGUACGGCGACCUUGAGUGCCUUGAAAGGCGCCUUAUAAAACCAAUGUAUUAUUAUUAUUAUUAUGUAGUUUGAUAGUUAUACUUUAUUAACCACACAAGAGGAAAUGUGUUCGCCACAGCAGCAUUCAUACAAGUAAAGCAAUAUUAAAUAUUAAAAUGCACAAUAUACAAUGAAUAGACUAAUAUGAAAUGAACUAACAAAACAACAGUGCAGCGAUGGCGUCUGCAGACCAGCAGCUGGAAGCGGCUCCGCCUUAAAGACUAGAAGCACUUUACUGCCACUAUCUGCUUUCUUGGGGCUCCUUCAGCGUGAGUCACAGAGGAGCUCAUGUCCACACACCUUUGAAGAUUGUAUAGAUUAUAGAUUAUUGUUGUAUGAUCCAUAAACAAUUCAAACAGC